UAUUACCACACCGCGUCGCGCCCACACUCGUUCACGCGCGGACUCUGACGGAGCGAAAAACUAAAAAAGCAAGGGUCGGAGGGAAAAACAAGAAACCGCAAGUUCAUCGUGUGCCAAACCCUUGCUUAGCAGUUGACGUAUUUCAUAGGGAAACAAAGAUUUUAUUUCAGAGUACUUCAUAAGGCGAUGGUUGUUCAGUCUGCAGACAAUGGAGAUUAACGAUAGCAAACCUCAUUCUGAUGAAAAUAAUCCUUCGGGAGGAUCAAAUAAUGACAUCAAAGAUAACUCUGCUGAGAAAAGUAUCUUUGUUAACCAUCCUGAAAUUUCUUGGCAUGAGAGAAGAAAACAUUGGGUUGGAGAUGAGUCUAAGAAAUCACGGAAAGCCCCUAGCGAGCCAAUUAUGAGCUGGACGACAACUUAUGAAGAACUGCUUUGUUCUAAUGAACCUUUCCACCAGCAAAUACCAUUAGCUGAGAUGGUGGAUUUUUUAGUUGACACAUGGCAUGAAGAAGGCCUCUAUGACUAGAUGACUGGGAAAUUUGUUGUAGUGGUUGCACAUUAUUAUUAGUUUUGCAGAUCAAUGGAGAUGAAGUCAAAUCCAUAGAUGAAAAAUUGGUUGCUGGUUCUCUUGUUCCUGGUUUUUUGAAUAAGAGUAUUUCCAGCAAAAAGUUGGUGCAUGUGUCCACAUUUUAAGUUGAAAACGUUGUGAAAUACAUUGGUUAUGUAAACGAAACAAGUCUGUACUUGACAAAAUCUUUUGAAAUAAGGCUUAUUAUUCAGGUAGUUUAAAGUUCUAAACUUUUUUGGUUUGCACUGGAUGGGAAGUGACUGGGAAUUACGUUGAUUUGCUAAA